AUGCAUUCAGUGACUUUGCUGGAAAAUUGCUGCCUGCGUGCAGUGAGUGUGGGCCUGGGGCUGUGCAGGAGCGGUAUAAAAGCAGACUCUUCUCCUCACUCUCUCAUCCACUCCUCUCACCUCCAUCUGUUUGGGAAAAAGGUGCAUCUCCAGCCCCAAGCCAUGUCCUGCUACAACACCUGCCUGCCCUGCCAGCCCUGCGGCCCGACCCCACUGGCCAACAGCUGCAAUGAGCCCUGUUUCAGGCAGUGCCAGGACUCCAGGGUUGUCAUCCAGCCCUCCCCGGUGGUGGUGACUCUGCCCGGACCCAUCCUCAGCUCCUUCCCACAGAACACGGCCGUCGGAUCCUCCACCGGCGCUGCUGUUGGCAGCAUCCUCAGUGAUGCGGGAGUGCCCAUCAACUCUGGGGGCUUUGGCCUCUCCGGCUUGUCUGGCUUCGGUGGCCGCUACUGUGGCACCAGGUGCCUCCCCUGCUAAAGCUGCUGACCAUGGCCCUGGGAAAGGUCCCCAUGGACACCCAAGAUGGUCUUGCACUGUGGACGGAUCAUGGCCUUGUAGCUUUAAUGGGAGCUGAGCAACCCCAGCACCCCUUGCAACGGGAUGGGGCCAACCUGGGCUCUCACAAAGCACGGCCCAUGACUGCCUUUCUGCUCUGCCACUCUCUCCUUUUCCUCCCGUGUCCUCGUUCUCUUGUGUUCCCUGGGCUGUGAGCCCCACCAAUCCAGCCUAGAGAGGACCUGCUGGCCCUUUGGCCUUGUGGGACAGGCAGAUGGACACCUGCUGGUAUCUCUGCCACAGCCAUAAGGUGAAGAUUCCUUUCUACCCUUCGUGCUCUGUGCAUUGAGGUCUCCACUCAAAUAAAUUCAAUGUAGUCUUUUCACUCAAUAAAACUGCUGCAU